GAUGAACUGCUUCUGGGGCGCUACUGCAUCUACUUGUCCACCCACUUGGAGAAAGAAGUGCUGGGGGGCCAGGUCCUUUCGCAGGACUCCACCUGCAUCGACCAUAUGUACACCAUUCACAUUCCAGGCAUCUUCGGCAUCGUGAAGGCACGGAAGUUCUCCGACCCCGGCACUCCGCUCGUCUGCUGGCCGACAGCGAGUGAGCCAGGAGGUGAGCCGCUUUUUACCGACGUUGCGGAGUCUGCCACAGACACCCGCUUGGAGGACGGCACUGAUGCAGAAGAUCUGAAACCCCCGUCGAUCGUAAAGCCCGCCGACGUUCUCAACCAGGACAAGGUUUGCCGCGAAGGCGCCUCCGAAAACCUGUGCACCGCUUGCGAGGUGGCCAUUCAGGCAGCUACGUGGCGUCUGCUAGGCUGGAGUGAGAAGCUCCACCGCGCCCGCUCUCUCACGGACAUGGUGGCCGAAACAUCGAAAGAUGAGGAUGAUUCAGGUCUAGAGCUCGUGGAGAGCAAGAUGCUCAUUCAUGCAAACACGCAGAGACAGUGCGAACUGGAUCAUGAUCAAUCGGGCUGCCUCAACGACUACUCGCUUUGCCUCUUGAAAACAGGCUUCGAGGAUGCUGAGGAAUGUGAAGUCAGCGUGGUGCACGUUUCAGAGAGGAAACCAUUCUGCUGGUGGCUUUGCAAUCAAACUUCCGUCUGCGCCAAAUGGUCGAUUUCUGCGCCUUCUUGCGCUGUGUCCAAAGAAUAUGAAAACGCCAGCUGCCUCGUUGAGCAUCGCGGGGCCGAACACCCCGUCAGAGAGCAUGUUCGGUCCUCCAGGUUCUCCGACAACCACUGGGUCCACUGCAACCCUGGGCAAAGAACAGUUUACCCGUCACAUUGGCGGAACCGGAUGGUCCAACUCUAUGCCCGCCUCCGGAGGAGUGUCCCAGACACGACAGAAGAGACGCGCGCGGCAGCAGCACGCCAGGUCCUUCAAAGGCUGUCGGA